AUGGCUUCAAUCCGUGUAGCAGCUGCACGUCUGGCUUCGUCUUUCGACGAGUCGUGUGCCUGGGGUGCAACACCAGAUGGCGGAAUGAACAGGUUAUCCCUAAAUGAUGACGAUAAACGCGUAAGAGAAUGGCUGGUAGAUCAAGUCAAGGCUUGCGGAUGUACCGUCAAGGUGGACAAGAUGGGCAAUAUCUUUGCGACAAGGCCAGGCAAGAACAACGCACUGCCCCCUAUUGCCAUGGGAUCCCAUCUCGACACCCAACCGGCGGGAGGUAAAUACGACGGUAUCGUCGGCGUACUCUCAGGUUUGGAAGUCCUCAGAACGCUGCAAGACAAGCAAGUGGAGACGUACGCACCUGUAGCUCUCGUCAAUUGGACGAAUGAAGAGGGAGCAAGGUUCCCACCUGCUAUGGUAGCUAGUGGGGUCUGGGGCGGGGCCUUCACGCUGGAACACGGUCAUACCCGAUCCGACGCGUCGGGGAAGACAAUCAAACAGGAACUCGAGCGCAUCGGCUUCUUGGGCGAUGUCGACUGCUCCUUCGAGGCUAACCCACUCUCUGCUCAUUUCGAAAUACACAUCGAGCAAGGCCCUGCCCUCGAAGCAGAGGAUUUGAGAGUGGGAGUCGUCACCGGCGUGCAAUCCAUGAACUGGUACAACGUUGUUCUCCGCGGGCGAGAGCAACAUUGCGGAACCACGCCUAUGGACAUGCGGGCAGACACGCUUCUAUGCGCGGCGAAGAUGAUACAAGCCAUAAACGCACAAGCGCUGGCCUUGCCCGGCUCUCUCGCAUCCGUAGCAGUCAUCAAUUCCACGCCGCAAUCCAUCAACACACUCGCAGGCCGCGUGCAGUUCAACAUUGAUGCGCGCGCAUCCUCGGACGCCCUCCUUGCGCAACUGGCGGAACGACUCAAGUCAACGUGUACGGAGAUUGCUGAGAAGGACGGCGUCAAGAUACAAGUGUGGGACAGGAUAUGGAAGAGUCCCAAGACCAAGUUCGACGAGAACGCAGUAGAUAUGGUCCGGAAGAGUGCGCAGGAAGUCGAAGGCGGACGCUUUAAAGAUAUGAUUAGUGGGGCGGGGCAUGAUUCGGUGUACACAGCCAAAAAGGUCCCAACGGCCAUGAUCUUCAUAAGAUGCAAAGGAGGAAUAUCGCACAACCCCGCUGAAUUUUCUACUCAAGAGGAUAUUCAAGCGGGGGCGAAUGUCCUCUUAGGCGCUGUAUUGCGUUAUGACGAAUACCUAAAGAACACGAGCCAGCAAUGA